AUGUUGAACUCCUGGACGGCGUCGAAGCAGGCAGAUCUCUCAACUGCGAGGCACUCGACCGAGGGGACCAUCGUUAAGGCAAACACGCCCACAACAGAAAGUGCAAGCGACGUACAGAAACAGACGGACAAUAAGCAGGACAGCCUGCGGGAUGCACGCUGCAAAAAGCCACCAGUCGAGAGCAAUAAAAAGGAGAAAUGUCCGAGGCCGUUUCUAGGCGUUCGGCAGAUUGCUACCCAGUCUGGUCUGCUGUUGUCGUCAUGGGCAGUUCUCACCUUAUUCCAACCAGGCGGGCAUCCUGUGUUGCUCUUUGUCGCCAUUGUCUUGUCUCGCCUUCAUCUGGGAUGGCUCCUCUGCUGCAUGUUCCGUAUGGUGCUGUCGAGCUGCAGAAAGAACCGGUUAAGAAGCUCUAGGCCUACAGAAGAGCAGCAGCCAGUGUCACGGUACCGUCAUCUUCAAGAGCAAUGUUGGAGCCGUCUCCCUCUUCGAUAUUGGCACUGCGCGUUUUACUUGAUGUUGUUGCUCGUAGCCUUCUGGGCUGCAUCGCUAGUGAGAGACGACUCGCAAGAAGGGCUACAGACCCUGCAGGGAGGCGGAGGAGUUCCACUUCCUCCAGGCCAUGCUUGGCUGGGCGGCGGCCUGCCGCCGCUGCUUCUGAACUCUGACUCACCACAGCACGUUAAGAUUGCAGCCACGGCGGUGGCCAGAGGGCGAGAGGCAUCAGAUCACCUUGUCUGGCUGCUGCACUUUGCGUCACGACGGCAGUACGAAAAGCUGGCCACAUGGCUGCGAGCGCUGUCCUGGUGGAUAGAGAGCGCCCUGUUGCAGCCGUUUUCAUCUCUACUAAGGCGCGCCGGAAUCGUUGCUAGUGUAAGUGGAACCUGCAACGCUACAGACGCUCCAGACAUGCCGGGAGAUAACACGGGCACGGAGUUCUGGUGGGCGGUUUGGUUUAGAAAUGCUAUCCGAAGUGCAGUGCGAAGCCUUCCCAGCGCUGCCCACACUUUUCUCUGCGGCAGCAGUCGAGAUGUCGGCAACAGAGAUGUUGACGUGUCCCCUGCAUGGCCUGACAGGGAACAACAGACUCAUAUAGCUUUUGACGAACAGGAGAGCGUCCUGGAGAUGGGACACUACUGCUUGGCGCUUAUGCUGAUGCUUGUUUACUCCCUUUCCACCAUCGUGAACAGGCUGUGUCUCGCUGUUCCUUCAGCACUCAGGCAGCGCUUCAUCGCUUCAGGAUUCGUCAUCGAUAGUGGCCUCAUGAGCAAGUUGAUGGGCUAUGUGGCAGUUGGGAGCAAGAGUGCGCUCACUGCUUUCGCCGUGACAUUUGUGGUGCUAUCGCUGCUGUGUGUAGCCGCAGCACUCGCUUUUAGAGUUAUUGCCCUGUUGAUAUUCGUUGUGCGGAAGCUCGUAGGCAGACGUUCUGACCGUGUCACGACUGCGUCCGCCCCUAACCGCGGCGAAAAUAGCACGUCAGUGAGUGAGAGCGCCAGUGCUGGUAGCAACCGGGGUGCUGCGGGUCUCGAGAUUUUGGCUGCUUGUCUGACAUGUUGGGUCCUCCUCCUGCCAGACCGCGAAUUCGUCAUGUUUACUUGGACCACACUUCAACCCCUGCGGCUCUCUGUCCUGUCAACAUUGCUACUGCUGCGGCUGCCCUCUGCACAAGUUGCAGCUUUGCUGACGUGGCCUCCUCCUCUGCGUGAACCCGCCCUCAUGCUGCAGCGCUCACAGCCGCUCAAAAUAAUAGACCCCGUGGCUGUCGGCUCAAUGGUGGGAUGCAUUUUGGCCGCUGCUGCCUUGCACGUCAUGUGGCGCUUGGCUGCAAAGCUGUUCCGAUAUCGUAGGAGGGUUUUGCUCCCUACCAGCGUUGCAUCUGUUGACUACGAGACACCGACUUUAGGCUGCACGCGCGGCAAAUGGACGUCGCGUAACAGCUCUGCAGGGAGCGACUGUCAAACACCGAAUGCACUGUGGCAGCGACUGCAAGAGCAAAGCUUGAUGGUUUCUGAACUGCAAGCCACGCUAAAAAGAGAACGACGAAGGGCCGAGCUGGCCGAAGAAAGCUGCACGAAACUACAGGAAAAGCUGCAAUUCGAUAGACUCGAAGCCCAGAAAGGAAGCCUGAGAGCAAAGAGCGAAAGCAUCAGAGCGACAGACCUUGAGAAGCCAGAGACGAAGUUGCGCACAGAAUUUUCGACGGUUUCCUCAGCGGCUGGUGAAGCGCCACGGAGGCAGGAUCUGGUGCAAGAGGAAUCCCUGCUUACAAAAGAGGCGCAACAGGAAACAAUCGGGGAAGCUCUAAAGCAGAAGUUACAAAACCAGGAGGAAAGUUUCUACGCGGAACAACUGCGAGAUGCUAAUCGUCUGCUGCAGGAGGCAGUAAACAAAAUAGAAGAGCUGGAAAGCAAACUACGUGAGACACAGGAAGAAAUGCUUCACCUGCAGCAGGAAACUGAGAAGCAUGAAAAACAGCAAAGGCAUCUGAACGCGGAGCUUUUGGUGUCAAGAGAGGGGGAGGCGAAGAUACACGCUUUGUACGAUCAAUGCCGAGCAAGCUUAGCCGUGACAGACGAGAACUGUAAGAGUUUAAUGACGGAGCGCGAUAGUUUAUGCCGACAGCUACAGGAAGCACUGGACCGUUGUAAUCGUUUGGAUGAGGAAACAAAACAAACUAGUUCUAUCAUUGAAAAGCAAGCUAGCGAUUUGGCAGCCAAGGCAGCGGAAAUUGAUGAGCUUCGUAAGGAGCUGGCUGAGGCGAAGAACAGGCAACAGCAGGACGCCGGCCGGCCAAAAGCACUUCAUACUGAGCAGGCUCAUGCACAUGAGGUCUCACAACAAGAAGACAAGGCCCCUUCGAGCUCAAAAAGUGAUGUCGCGGCUUUAUGCAAAGCCGCUGUCUACAUGUCUAAACGCAUGAUGACUGGGCUAAAAAAGAAAGUUGAAACUGAUGAGCGGACUGUAAGCGCGCUGAAGGCGGAGCUUCGCAUGAGCUCCCCUGUAACACAAAGGCUUUCCCACGCCUCGGGGGGCGGAAUGCCUAGUGACACUCCAAAGGAUACUGCGCUGGAGUCAAACUCUGCAUCUCGCGAUACUGUGUCUGAGUACGAUUCGCAGUUGUUCAAAGGCUCUACUCCAACCGGCAGGUCCGCGACCAGAAAAAAGUCUGGGACGAUCCCGAUAGGUGAUAGGAAAAGUGCCUUGUCGAAGGAAGAAUCCGAGGCGCUAAUGAAAGCACUGGGACAGAGUGGACAGUGCAUAUACCUGCUUUCUACAGUGCUAGAAAACUUCAAAUUGCCAGAGACCACUCUGCGUGCAGCUCAGAAGUUGCUCGACACUACGAAGUGCCCUAGUACGGACAGUUUGGUGCUUCGGCAGGCGUUAAGCCGAUCAAAUGGAUGCAGUUGGACGGGUGACGCGGAGGCAUUGGCAAAAAUUUUGGCAGUGCUAAGACGCGCCUGGCCAUCCGAAGAAUCGACUGAGCGUCUACUGCAGCGGGCUGGCGAGAUGACGUUGUCACCCUCUGAGCAAAAGUUCAUUUUAGUAGCCCAAAUCCCGCAAGUCCGUGAGCGCCUGGCCAUGCUGCAGUUUCUGCUGGGCCUCGAUGAGCAGUGGCAGACUGAGAGCCGCCGCCUGGACAAGUUAGAAGGCGCUUUAGUAAGCAUUCAGCAGUCAUCAGUUUUGAAGAGACUAUACAGGAUCUGUGCUGAAAUAUACAAGGAGAUGCGCACCGACUUUUCCUUUGAAAUGGAGCCGAAUUUAAAAGACAGCAAGACCAGUGCUGAUGGAAGCUUGCAGCCGCACCUGCAGUACGCAAAGAUAUGGGUGAACAAAGCAAAGCUGAAUAGUGCGCUGGAGAAAUUUGAAGUCUGGAAGGACAACGCAGACUUUAAUUUUGGCUGUCUUGCAAAUUCAGCAAAAAUCUGUCCCCCAGGGCUCAAGGGAUUCUCGUUGUUGCAUGUCAGCCUUUACCGUGCGGGAGUUGCAAGCUCUUGCGGGGAAAAAGCGCCUGUCGCAAGUGAUACCUUUCAAGGAGAGAUCCCGCAGCUGCUCGGAAAAGAGAUCUACGGCGAUUCUUCGGCGACUGGGGCGCUGCAAGGUGCUGCGUUCAGUGACUUGGACCUAACGGGUCUCGCAAUUCCGCGCAGCUGCAGCUGUGCAGUUUGCUUGGAGGUGGAGUCAAUUAACCACUAUCUUCUGCGGGAGUGGCAGAGACAAUGUACCAUGAUGAAGCACCUACGGAUGUUUAAAAUGGCUUCCAAAAAGUCACCUAGCCUUCCAGUUGAAGGGGUGCAUUCGGAACCUGUGACAGAAAACAAUGAUAAGGACAACUGCAGCUCAGCUUCAGAGGGGCUAGAGCUUGCGAUCACGAUAACCAAGUCGUAUUGUAGGGAGUUGAAGAACCGCCAGAGUGAGCUCGCUGACUUGGCCAGGUCAAUCCAGCAGGACUUCACGAGGGAAAAUCCCUCCUGCAUGAUUCCGCAAUCGACCUUGUUUGGAGCGGCGUCGGUUGGCUCACGGUCUUCAUCUCCCGCGCCCUUAGCUUCGCCUGAAAAAGAAAGGCCCACUGAAUUGCGGGCUUCGAAACACAUGACACUUCCAGCACCCGAAGCAGCCAGUCCUCCGGGCCAUGUUCAAACAGAUACAGGAUGGGGCUUGGAGAUGGCAUGCCAGCUUGUGAAAAAUGUUCACGCCGCUGUAAUUCUUAUCACACAGUCGUGGAACGAACUUUGGAAUGGCCACAAUGGCGAGGCUGGCUUUGUGACUGUUGACAAUGCGCACUUGUGGCCGGUGAAACAAGGCGCUGGUGGCGUUAGCGAUAAUACAGCUGUGGCUCAUUUUUCGGCGUCGUCAGAUAUGUCCGAUGGGUCAUCUGUUUCUAGUGCAGUUUCUGCUGCUUAUACUGCAGCAGCAGCAGCUGAGGCAGCGGUGAAGGCACAGGAGGCUGCAGCGCGUGCCAGCCGGCAAGAUGGCACAGUAGAGCUGAAAAGAAGGGAUAGUCUCGGUAAGAUCGUUGAAACAAGGCAAAACCAAGAUGCCGCCACCGAUGACAGCAGACGCUCCAGUGACCGGUCUCUCCGUUGCCCAAUGUUGCUGACAUAUCAGAAGCCUCCACUACAACACACAAAGAGCGGCCGAUAUCGCCAGAAUACGGAGUUGCCUGCAUUAAGCAGGCACAUCACCGCCGCCGGCAACAGCAUCAAAGACUCGUCAGCGCUGGAAAGGUGGGUACCCUCUCAUUCACGGAACCUGAAUAGUGGAAGAACAGCUCCUAAUUCCAAUGGAGUCACAAUAGCAUCUGCGGCAACGAAUCAGCAACAUUCUCGAUUUGGUCGGUAUAAUACGCAACCUGCUGAUCUCCCUAGCUCAAAUACCAUUAGGCCUACAGGGAAGCUACAGAAGGGCGAUGCCGACCCCUUGAAGAGUGCUGCUCCUCGUCAACUGCGUAGCGCUAGCGGGCGGCGAGGACUACUUGAUUUCGUGUCUUCCGACCGUAUACUUCUGCGGCCAAAGCGUGAGGCGUCAGGCGCGUCCUCCACGAGUUCUGGGGCCGUCAUGGGCGCACAAGGAGUUCUCCAGUUGCCAGAUGCUGACUCCGAAGCACCACCUCCAAUAGGCAUGCCGAACGCCAGUGUGGACUUGUGCUCGAACCCAUCGCCUUUACUGCCAUCCUCCGAUGAUUCAUCCAUAGGGGAGGGCACGGGAGAUGGUCCGUUGAGCGCUUCUCCUGCGGGAAGCGCGGGAGCCCAAGAACCUGAUCGUGCUAGUUCGGCAGCAGGGCCAGGUGGAGCAUUGUAA